AUGCUAGAAAUUUUGAAAAAGCUUUUAGUGUACAGUGAAAUUGAAGAAAAAGAUAAAAUAGAAAACAAACCUGAAGAAGGUCUAGAAUCGGUUGAAAUAUCGGAAUUUUUGGCUAAUAGUGAAGAAAGCUACAGAUUACCACCUCAACAGAGAUGUGCUUCUCAUACAUUGAAUUUAGUUAGUACCGUUGAUACGGCUUGUGCUGAGAAAGAUACUAAUUAUAAAGGAAUUAGCAGAAGAGCAUUUGNAAAAUGUCAAACUAUUUUUAACAAACAAAAUCAAUCAUCUGUCGUAGCAGAUAUGGUUCAAAAAAGUCUUGGAAAAUAUUUAAAAGUUCCAAACACUACAAGAUGGAAUUCGUUUUACGAUGCUAUAGUGGAGGUAACAGAUAUUAAACAAGUGAAUGAUCUAGCUUCUUCCUUAAAUGUUCCCACUUUAACUCCUACCGAAAUUGACUUCCUUAAAGAAUAUUGCACGGUAAUGAGACCUGUUGCCGAAGGUCUAGAUAUUUUACAAAGAGAUAAGCAUAUCUUUAUGGGAUAUUUAUUGCCUACAUUAAUAUCAAUCGAAGAGCAUUUAAAUCAAAAACUAAGUGAGGUGCUGUAUGUACAACCAUUAGUAAAUGCCCUCUUGAAAGGUAUUCGCAAAAGAUUUCACCAUCUUUAUAAGUCUAACGAUCUGAGAAUUGCUGCCUGUUUGAUACCAGAUUUUAAAUUGCGUUNGAUACAGGAUGAAAAUGAAAAAAAAGAGAUUAUUACACUUUUAAAAUCAAGUGUUCAGGAGUUUAAUACUAGCCAUGAAGUUAAUUCGAGUACUUUCAAANAACAAAUCGUGUGCAAAGUUGACAAUUUUUUUCUAUUUAAAAACAAAACGUUAGACCAAAACCAAAACGAAAAUACGAUUAUAACCGAUCACAUUAUUCAAACUUACUUGUCAACCAAUACAUUUGCGACGGAAAAAGAUUUUCCUAAGGCACUCAAACGUGCUUUUAUAAAAUAUAAUACAUCAAUACCAUCUUCAGCUCACGCUGAAAGGCUGUUUAGUGCAGGAGGACACGUUUUUGAUAAUCUUCGAGGAAAAAUGUCUGAUAAAAAUUUCGAAAUGGCUUUAUUACUUAAAUUUAAUAAGGUUUUGUAAGCAAAAUAUAUAUAGUAAAUNUGU